AUGUUGACAAGAGCUAGAGAGACGGGUGGCGGGAUACUGGCUAGAAAGCUCUUUCCCGACAAGGUUAACUACCGCCUCAUUGGGGAGUGGCUGCAACUUUGCCGGUCCGGACAUGUACGGUGCGACUCUCGCGAGGCCGACGAGGGUGAUGGUGGUGUAGGAACCGGCCAGAUCCCCGGGUUCCAAGUCAUCGACUGCACCACGGGAAACAUUGUGUCUUUUGCCUCCCUUUCCGGCGGUACCUCCUGUGGAGAGCAGUCACAGACACCAGAAUACGUCACCCUCAGCUAUGUUUGGGGCCAAGGUCCCUUUGAAGGACCAGUCAAAAUCAAGCCCCCUCCCGGCUCUGGCAUCAGGCAACAACAACGGCUAUCCCUCCCAGACUCCCUACCCCUAACCAUCAGCGACACGAUCCAAGUCGUCCAGCGCCUCGGGUACAGAUACCUCUGGAUCGACCGGUACUGCAUCCCGCAGGACGACCUGCCAGCCAAGCAGAUCCAGAUCGAGAACAUGGGCCGGAUCUACUCCCGCUCCGUGUUAACCAUCAUUGCCGCCGCUGGCGAGGGACCCGAGUAUGGGCUGCCGGGGGUGAGCGAGCGUCGGAGGGCUGAACAGCUUACUGUUCAAGUUGAUGCUGCCCAACAUGAAGGGAAAGGGAUCUCCCUGGUGUUAUACGAAAGGCCGAGAGCCGCCAUCACGAACUCAAAGUGGCAUACCCGCGGCUGGACGUACCAGGAGGGACUCCUGUCUAGGCGGAGGCUGGUGUUUACGGACCAGAUGGUGUAUUUUCAGUGUUAUGAGAUGCAUGGGGACGAGGUUUUGUCGUUGCCGAUUCCUGAUGGACCUAGCGGUGGGCAUGUCUCUGAUGAUGUCAAGGACAAGGACAAGUUUGACGAGAUCCGCUGCCUCUCCCUUGACGACCAAGAGUCCAACUUUGGCUUCAUCUUCCCCCGUCGAAUGACGGAUUGGUCCAACCCCGACACCGUCUGGGAUCGGAUCAAGGAAUUUUGCCAGAGAGAGCUUUCGUUUGAUGCCGACACUCUCGAUGCUGUUGCUGGUAUCUUUGGCAUGUACACAGCGGAGAACCCAAGCAAACACCAAGGGGACGGGACCUCCUUCUUUUACGGCAUGCCCAUUGCUCCUUUCCAGCCGGAGCGGAAUGAAUCAAACCAACAAAGGUUGUGGACUUGUGAGUUGCGGACUUUUUGGGAAACAUAUGAGAACAACGUGCCCGGGAACAACACAGAUCCGAUCCCAAAACUGGAAGUGGAGGAGGUGGAUGUAAAGACUAGUCUCACCUACAAACUAGUCGAAAGCCUCCUCUGGACCGAUUCCUGGUACCACGUACUCAAGCCCGACAAAAUACAACAGCUGUCACAGCAGUUCCGGAGACCGGUAUUCCCCAGCUGGACGUGGGCGGGUUGGAAGACGUGUAUAGUCGAGCGCGACAGAUUGUUUUCCAAAAUGUUCGAUAGCCGCACCAAGAUUCAUGUAGAGUACGAGCUUGAAGCUGCCUCCCCAGCCUCUUCGAGCCCAGGCCUCACACACGCACACGCACAAAAGGCAACAAAAUGGAGGCGACUAGACUGGGAGCGAGAGAACGAAGAGAUCCUGGAGCUGGCACGAAAUGGGGCUUACAAGAUCCCGGCACGUCUGGUUAUCAGGGGAACCGUGCUGGAUAUGAGGCUCAAGUGGCGCGGUGGCGAGGAGAACAACGAGGAGUUGUGGUGGAGGAAGGUUGGGAAGUGGACGGUUACGUGGCCGGAGUUUAUGGAAGGGAAGGAGAUUGAUGUUCCGAGGGGAUUGUUGGAUGAUACCUCGGAACCUGGAGGCCGUAUUAGCAAGGGAGAAGAGGAGGUACAGGCUCUCGCCCUGAUACUAGCAGGACGGGCCUAUUCGGGCGAGGCGAACGGGUCUCUAUUGGCGUUGAUGUUGAGGCCCGUGACGAGGAUGUUGAAUGGACGAUCGGAAACGAUGUAUGAACGUGUACACAAGAUGGAUUUGUAUGUGAGGAAGGAGGAGUACAAAGCUGAGUGGACACCGCUGGCUGGGUUGUUCAGGGAGAUGGAGGUGAGAUUCAUCUCUACAAAAGCAGGCGCAAACCAGGGCAUCGGCUAUGAGACGGCCAAGAAUCUGGUCCAAUCCUCAGCCGAUUACCAUGUCAUUCUCGGCAGCCGCGACAGCAGCAAGGGUGAGGCAGCGGCUCAGGCGCUGCAACAAGCCGACGGCGUAAAGGCAAAGGGCACCGCCUCCUCGGUAUCUCUAGACGUGACGGACGAGGCGUCCAUCGCAGCCGCAGCCGAGCGUGUCGCAGCCGAUUUCGGCAGACUCGACGUGCUGGUGAACAACGCAGGCAUCAUCUCGACGGCCAGCCCGCCCACGGCCCAGGCGCUCCGGCGCGUCCUCGAGACCAACGUGGUCGGCGCUCUGGCCGUGACCGAGGCGUUUCUCGACCUGCUGCGCAAGGCGGAGCACAAGCCGCCGCGCUUGGUCUUUUACUCUGCCAGACUCAAGCCGGAAGGGUUUCUCGUCAUUGGUGCGGAUCCCGGACUCUGCGCCACCAACUUCACGGGUGAUGCUGCGUCGCUGAGGAACAGAGGGGCGGUAGAACCGGCUGACGGAGGGGACCGAGUGGCUGCAGUCAUAAAGGGUGAGAAGGAUGCCGAUGCUGGAAGGGUCAUUGGUGUGUACGGGGUUAGUCCAUGGUAG